AAGUAGGCGCACGCGCACCGGCUACAGUGCCUACAGGUCCCGUUACUGCGCGCACUCUCUUCAAAUGUAGCUACUAGAGUUUUUGACAAACUUGUUCUAAGGAUUAAAAAAUCAUUCAAGACACUGCAAUGCGACGCGUUUAUGUUUAGCUUUCAGUAGGUUUAAAUGAGUUUUGUUUUAAAACGUUGAUAGUUUGACUGCUGGCUAGUUAAGCAGACCUGACGUAAGGGACUGUGGUGAAGACACAACGCCAGAAGUCUGACGGGACAGGUAAUUUGUUAUCUGUAGAGGUGAGGAAUGGGCCGUAAGCUGGAUUUGUCCGGUCUGACAGAUGAUGAGGCAGAGCAUGUGCUACAGGUGGUGCAGCGGGACAUGCAGCUGCGUAAGACAGAGGAGACACGACUCAGUGAGAUGAAGGAGGCGCUGGUUGAGGAGGGCAGUCGAAGUCUUCUGCUGUCACGGCAGCACAGGUUCAAUGAACGUUGCUGCAUUCGUUGCUGUUCGCCCUUCACCUUCCUACUCAAGCCCAAGCGUUCCUGCCUGGACUGUCGCUACAACGUCUGCAAGAGCUGCUGUACCUACCAUAGGAAGGACAGAGGCUGGCUGUGCUCCGCCUGCAAGAGGAGCAGGCUGCUAAAGAUCCAGUCACUGGAGUGGUUUUACAAUAAUGUGAGAAGGCGUUUUAAAAGAUUUGGCAGUGCCAAAGUAUUAAAGAAUCUCUACAGGAGACACGCAGCAGAGCGUGGAGUGCUAGCAGAGCUUACAGAGGGCAGCACCUAUGAAGAGGAGGGCAUCUACAAUGAAAGCAGCGUGUAUGAGAGCGACUCAACGUUUUACAGGCAAAGUGAAGAGCGCAGCAUGGCUGAAACUAUCAGUGUGGCACUGCGGGUAGCAGAUGAGGCCAUAGAUGAGGCCAUUGCUAAAGCUGAGAGACAGACUGACAGUCAGGAAAAGCAGAACGAGGCUCAUUAUCUGCGAGAGCACAGAGAAGAGCUUAUAGAAGAAUUGGCUACAACUAUAGUACAGAAAAUUGUCCAACGGAGGAGGGAUCUUUCUGCAAUGCAAUCGGGUGAUAGAUUCCCCCCUGAUCAAACUAACAGUGCUGUUGAUGCAUCUCUCUGGAGAUCUCACUCAGCUCUUUGCCUUUUGCCUGAUGAGACAGUGGAGCAGAAUGACAACAUUGGGUCUAGGCUAUCAGCCUUAUCCGUUCAUGAAAAUGAAAUAAAGAAAGAAGAAACUGAUCAGGCCAUGCUUAGCUGGAGGAGUCUUGACCGACUGGACAAUUCCAUGUUACAGAGCCUUGACGGGAACUGGAUCACUUAUCAAAGCACACCAUCGUCACGUCCAAGCAUUUCAACCAAACACAAGGGUCUGGUCUCCAGCGUCCUGGUAGGGGAAUCUGCUUAUGAUGACAUGGACACAGAAUCAGAGACUGAAGCUGAUGGGGUCUGGGGCUCAGCUCUGCAGGAACUUCGUCUUAAGAUGUCUGCAAACAAGCAGUUGAGUUAUCCUGAGUCUUACAGCCGUCAAUCAACCUUGCCUUUGGAUUCAAAAACCCAGCAAUUAACUGCUUAUAGCGAGACCUUCCUUGACCAAGAUGGACCUCUGCAUAAGUCUCACAAAUCUCUGAUGCCCUUCCUGAAAAGGAAGGUGCCACUGGACCAGAGGCGACCCUCAUCCACUCGUCGCCCAUGCAACACUGUUGAUUUCAAUCCAGGUGGUGCGGAGAGCAGUGAGGAUGGCCUAGAGGACAACAGGGUCAAGAGGUCACGUAGGAAGAGGAAAAAUAAGAAAGAAGAUGCUGAGUGGAAAGGACAGUCAGUGUCGGAUGGCAGUGGACAACUGUCAGAUGCUCUGGUGAAGAGACCGAAUGUGAAACACGACCCAGUCUUAUGUGAUCAAGAUCUAGAAGCUGAUUCUUCAGAUACUGCUACCCCUGACAUCUUAAGCUCGGGAGCAAUAACCCCUGAACCAUGGGAGCCCAAUGAUCACAGAGCCCAAGAUGUGGUUGAAUCUUUAGAUCAGGAGCUGACUUUCAAACUAAAAGCGCUAACCAGUCAAAUCAGUGAGACACAACUUUCCUCUACAGAGGAUGAGUUGGACAGGUUGGACCAUCAAAUCCGAGAUCCAGAAAAUAACACAAAAGAAAACAAGUUUGGUGAAGUUAUGGGAGAUGCUACUUUUAAUGCAAAAGAAAGAUUAGAUGAAACCGAAGCCGCAUAUCAACAAAUAAGAACUGAGUGGAUGGAGGAAGACAAGCUGACCUCCAAAUUUAGAGAGCUAAGCAGAGAAGUCACUGAGACACAACUUUCCUCCACUGAAGAUGAAUUGGACCGGUUUGAUUAUCAAAUUAGAGAUCCAGAAAAUAACACAAAAGAAGAUGACCUUAUGGGAGAUCCUACGUUUGAUUUUGAAGUGGAUGCAAAAGAAAGAUCAGGUGAAACUGAAGCUGCAAAUGAGAGGAUGGAGAAAGACAUUCUGACCUCUAAACUCAAAGAGUUAACCAGACAAGUCAGCGAGACACAACUUUCCUCCACUGAAGAUGAAUUGGACAAGUCUGAGCAUCAAAUUCAAUUUAAAGCCACAAAUCAACCAAUCAGAACUGAGAUCCUGGAAUCAGAUGAUAAUAAGACACAUAAUCAAGACAAAUUGAUACAAUCUAAUAACAAAAAAACCCAAAGUCAUGUAGAGAGGAUGGCUGAAAAAGCAGAAGCAAAGAGAAACAUUAUCGAGAACCAGACUGGGAUGUCAGGUGACAUUAACAAUGACAUGCAAAAACAAAGUCUUUUAGUGACAGAUGCACAAAAUGAGAUAACAAGAAAGACGAUUGCAAAGACAAAUAGCCAGAGACUGAAGGAAGGCCAGAGCUCGGCUGAAGGUGAGCAGUGCGGAGCUGAGGAUACACAGACAGUCGAUCCAAAUGAGGAGCAAAGAGAGACCUUAUUUAUUACUAAGGGUCCAGAGGAGGAAUUUGAUAAGAUCAUUGAUAGUAGUUUCUGUAGUGAGGGCAGUAAGGAAAGUGAGGCGGAGAAACUAGAGAUGAUUGAGGAUGAAGAGAUGAAGGUAAACAAGGGUGUGAUCCAUCAAGACAACAUGGAAUGCGAGCGAUCCUUUGUUGCUGAAUCACCGAAGGAGGUCCAGGAGAAAGAAAUGUAUGGCAAGAUCAAUGACGGUGUUAGAGAAGAUGCUAAGGUGACAGAAGACAAUGAAUGCAUAAAUAUUGUCAAAUCAGAAGAGAGGCUCCUAAAUAAGGUUACUGACAAUCAAGAGGACUUGGAUGAGAAAAGUGAGCAGCAGAGGGACCUCGUAACCCAGAUCUCUGUUCAGCAUAGCGCCCCAUCUGGUCAGGAACAGUAUCUUUCACCAGAGGAGAUCUACAGGGGUUCACACAUACUGGACAUGGAGACAAACAUACAUUUUGUCACCAGUAAACUACAGCAGAAGUAUUCAGCUGCAUCACUCCGCAGCAUCACCACAGAGGUGCUGAAAGUGCUGAACGCUACAGAGGAUCUGAUUCACGGAUCGAUGGGAGAUGGACGAAGCCAGGGUGACCUCACAAGCAUUCCUCCAGCAGAGGCCAAAAGACUAGACGAAAACCUCAGUCGACUAGAGGAGAAUGUGUAUGUGGCUGCAGGUACGGUGUUUGGGCUAGAAGCUGAACUGGGGGAUCUGGAGGAAUGUGCACGCAGCAUCAGUGGUUCCACCUGUGAUGGAGAGCUCGCUCACCUGGAGGAUCAAGUGGCCUCGGCAGCAGCUCAGGUGCAACAGUCUGAAUUACAGAUUUUAGACAUUGCAGCUAGAAUUGCUGCCCUGAAACAUGCAGGCCUUAAUGUAGCCCCACAGACUCAACUUUCCAAGACACAAACCAUCGGCUCAUCCCGAAAACUAAGGAGGCGACUGCCAGCACCUCCAAUGCAAGAUAAGGAACCUUAAAGAGGAUUUUUGGAGAAUCAGGAAGCAUCACUUCAGAGUUAAAUGACAAAUAAUCCAACAAAGCCUCUGAUCACCUGUGCCUUGAUGCUAUGGCUAUACAGUACUGUAUGUGCUAUAAAAUUAAGCUCUGGUUGGAUAUAUAAAAACGGACUGAUGUUUGGCGUAUGCGGUGAUGUCUUUGACACUGACCAUUUGGUAAGAGCACAAAGAUAACAAUCAGUAUCACAACUUCAAACGUAUUACCUCUUUAUGGCCUGUACUACUGUCAUUCUUUACAAGUAGUUAUCAUAUUUAUUUAUGUAUAAUUACAAUCAUAUGGUAUGUGAUCUAAUGUAAUGUGGUGGCCGUAACUGUGAAUCCAAGAAAUACCUGUAACAGAGAGUAGGCUCUUACUUUAGACAAAAAACUGUACAGUACAAAAUAUAUAACUAUAAUAUUUAAUUAUUGAAGUAAUGUUAUUUUCGUCAAUGAUAUAUCUAUUAUACUAUUUUAUAUUCGCUGACAGAAUUAUAUAAACUCUCCUAUAGUGUUAAUUUCAUAAUAUCUGCAGAUUUUACAAUGUAAAUGAGUUAAUGUACAUGUGUAAAAUAAUAAAUGUUCAUAUUUAGAGUUUGAUUAUA